CAUUUUUCAAUCCCAAGCUUGCACACAUUCUUAUUGGACGGCCAAAAAUACUUUUAAUCCCAUUGGGCCCUUUUUUUUUGUUGCUGUUCAUUCUUUUCUCUCUUUUUACAAUGAAGUUUAUAAACAUUGCCAGUGGCAUCUUGCUGGCUUGUUUAGCCACGUCGAUACAAGCAGCAUCAGUCGAACUUACAUCAAGCAACAUAGAGAGAUUAACCGGGUCUGGUACUUGGCUCAUUGAACAUUUUUCACCUAAAUGUUCACACUGUAUCAAACUCGCCCCUGACUGGAAAAAGUUGAGUGAUGAAUCAGUUUCACAGGAAACCGAUUUCCAUUUUGGAGCUAUUGAUUGUCUACUCCAAGGCGAUUUAUGUCAUGAUCACGAUGUGGAUCGCUGGCCCACCAUUCAGCUCUGGCAACAAGGCCAAAAGGUGGAAACCUAUAAGGGUCUCCAUAACUAUGAUAGUCUGAAGAAAUACGUGAAUGAUAAAGCAUCGAAAACAUUGUCGGAUAUCGAGGAACUGGAAGGCCAAUUGGAAGAAGAGGAAGACGUACAGGAGCUGGAAGAGAUUCAGGAGGAUGAUGUGCCUGAAGAUGACGGUCUUCAGGAAGAGGAAGAAGCACCUUUGUUGAAUUUAGCAAACCCUGAAGGGGUCUCAGUCAAUUUAGAUGGUGCCAAAAUGAAGGAAAUCGCUGCAGGAUCAGUACCUUGGUUCGUAAAAUUCUACGCACCGUGGUGCCAACACUGUAAAGCAUUGGCUCCCACAUGGGUUGAAUUGGCUAAACAUUUCCGUGGCCAAGUUAAUAUUGGCGAAGUGAACUGUGAAGCUUUACGUGAUGUAUGCACUGAAUAUGGCGUCGAAGGGUUUCCUACAUUAAAGAUGUUUGGUCACGGAGAUGCCGUACCAUACAAAGGCGAUCGCUCAUUAGCUAGCCUUGUAGAAUUCGGAAAUGCAAACGCUGGACCUGCUGUCAAGCAAGUGACUGCGGAUGAAUUAGUGACACAUUUGACAGUAAAAGAUGUUGCUCUUGUCUAUCUUCAUAAGGGUGAUAUUCCUGAUUUAAUUGAAUCCGUAGCAAAAGAAUUCAUUGCUACCAUUCCAUUUUAUGCCUCUCAAGACGAGGCAUUACUCAAGAAAUUUGACUUGAAGAGCUCUGACCUUCCCAUUGUAUUAAUCACCAAGGACAACAGCCAUCUCGUGUAUACAGGAAAUCAUGAUGGUUUCAGCAAGAACAGCAAAUCCUCUCGCGAUACACUUAUCCGCUGGAUUGAAAAGGGGCAAUAUCCUUUGAUUAGCAAAUUGGGCCCCAGCAAUCAUAAGAGUAUUUUACAAGGUAAUUUGCCUGUUGUGCUUAAUAUUGUCAGUAGCCAAGAUACCGCCAGUCAAUCCAAAUUCCGCGACUUUGCUAGCACCUGGUUCAAAUCUACCAACAGUGGUUCUGUCAUUUUCGCCGAGAUGGAUCGUUCCAUGUGGAAAAACUAUGUAUUGGAUAAAUUUGGUGUGAUUCAAGCUGAUAAAUCCAAAAUCAUCAUUUACGAUGCACCCGUAAGUUUUUUUAUUUUAUUUGUAUAUAUUGUUUCUAUUGUAAACUUACCUUUUGUCCAAUUUGAAUGAAACGCCUUAGAAUUUCAAGUACUAUACUAAAGAUAUGAAUGGCAAGGAAUUCUCCAUCGAGCGUCCCCAAGAACUCAUUCAAUCUUUAAAGAACAUGAAGGAAUUAUCGGGUGCUUCCACUUUAGCUUUCCAUCAAAGACUCACUGUGUCUGCUGGUAGCGGACUGGGUUGGAUAUUCAAACAUUGGUUUAUCAGUUUUGUUGGUUUUGCUAUCAUGGGUAGCUUUAUUUAUAGAUAUUUGACUUUCCAUGGUCCCACAAAACUAAGCCAUGGUCUUUUACCCUCUUAUAGUAGACCCGUAGAUUCACACAAAGAUUAAAAACUGUUACAAUAUAUUUAUAAAAAAAUUAAAAAAAAAAAUAAAAAAAAAAAAAAAAAAAAAAAAA